AAAUAAAUAAAAACACUCUCUCCGACUCUCACAGAAGUCAAUAAUUCACUUGGAUUGAUGGGUCACAGGAAAAGGGUAUCCCUCCUCUCUUCCUAUUCCCUUCUCCACUUUCUCAUACACAGAAGAAAUCAGAUCUAAAAGAUCUCAUCGCAAUACUCUUACAAUUGCAUCGUAUAGCUGCAACUAUUGCUGAUAACCAAGUGAUUAAGCUAAAGACUAUUCAUUCUUAAUGAAUAUUGAACAAGCCCACGGACUCUUCAGCUUUUGUUCCUAGUUGUUGAUCUCUCACCAACGGACAAGAAGGGAAUUGAAGCGGGCACAUCAGAAUAUUCUUUUUUGAUGGAGAACUCGAGACAAAGACGAGGGAGCAAUCACAAUGGUAAAAUGCAGAAGGGAGCAUUUUAUUUGCCACCAGAGAUAUUAUGCGAGAUUCUUUCCAGACUUCCUGUAAAAUAUAUCUUAAGAUGCAGAAGCGUCUGUAAGGAAUGGUGUCGCUUGACUCUAGGCCCUCAAUUUAUCAACCUGCAACUGAGUAGAGUGAAUCAUCAACUUCCUCAACUCAUCCUCAAAUCAGAUCAUAAAGUCGAUUUGCAGAGCCUACUUCUACUGGACACUGAGGGAUGCAAUAUUAACAAAAUUCCUUUUAAGAAAAUGUCUUGCACUUCGAAGAGGUUAAAUUGCCUUCGGCUAAUGUGUUCUUGCGAUGGUUUGCUCUGUAUAGCUGCGGAUUACCUUAUACAACCUGUGAUUAUAUUGAAUCCAAUAACAAGAGAGAGUGUUAUUUUGCCAUCACCAAAAAGAAGAGCGUAUGUAGUGAGUCAUCAGAUUGGUUUUCACCUUGACCCCUCAUCCGGUAAAUACAAAGUUGUACGAGAAUAUAGAAAUAUGAAUAGUUUGAAUCGUGAUGAAGGCAGCAGUUUCGAGAUAAUUACAAUUGGAGAUAGUUCAUGGAGAAAAUUGAGUGCACCUCCUGUCCCAAUUGAAUAUAGCUUGGGUGCGGCAGUAUACUGGAAUGGGGCCUUCCACUGGAAAAUUCAAGAAAGAAAUGACAAAAGUGGUGACAAUUGCAUCCUUGGUUUCAAUAUAAGUGAUGAGAAGUUUUACACCAUCUCUUGCCAUGUCAGGUUUGGAUCUUCGGAGUAUGACUUGCUGGUUUUAGGAGGGUGUUUGUCAUUAGUAGAACAUGAUGUUCAUCUCAUGAGAAUAUGGAAGGUAACAGGAACGAAGGAUGAAGGAUUUUCUCUCUCCUUCCACUGCACAUAUGAUACUUGUGUGCGGUGGAACAAAUAUCUCCAUUAUUCAGUGAUUUGUCAAACUAAUGCAGAUAGUUUCUUGCUGAAGGUGUCACGUGAAGAUGGCGAAAAUGGUGCAAACCAUUGGUUUGUGCAGUUUUUCCCUGGUAAGGCACUUUACUCAUAUCUGAACAUUCCCGGCCUUCCUAGCCGCUUCAGGGGCGUUUACUUCAAACCCUCUUUUGUCUCUCCAAAAGCUGCUUUGCCUUGUUAUUCUUGACCAUGGAAUGGCUUUUACUCCUUUGGAGCUUGGUCCUGAAUAUCAUCAUAGAAAUACUGUGUAAUUUCUAAUGAAUGGAGGUGAUUCUAGAUUGUAUCUUGCAGGUCAAUUGUAGAAGCAAAAUAGCUUGUCUCACCUCCUCCUCCUCUUUAUUAAAGUUCUCUUUGGUUUUUACUUUGUAAGGGAUAUAGAUAUUGGGAUCAAAUUAUAUCUUUAAGGUUAAGUUUAUAAAGAGACAUUGUAAUGUAAUCAGUUCUCUUGCUGUUGUGUGUGUGUGAGUGCGUUAUAUGCAUCUCAUUAUGAAGUUUGAGGCUAGAAGGUUUAUUGUA